GGAGGCGGCCCCGGGAAGCGAGCCGGAGGGGCGCCCGCGCGGCAGCAGCUGCAGUGACUGCCCUCGGGGGGGCUCGGGGGUGCUCCCUGGCGACCGGAGAGUUCUGUUCUGCAUCGCGAGUGGAUAUGCUGCUGCUGGGCUGAGCUGCUGAGCACUGCGUUCCCUUCUGCUGAGACAAGAUGGAAGACUCCUACAAGGAUAGGACAUCACUGGUGAGGGGGGCCAAGGACAUUGCCAAGGAGGUCAAGAAGCAGACAGUGAAGAAGGUGACCCAAGCAGUGGACCGGGCCCAGGACGAAUACACCCAGAGGUCGUACAGUCGGUUCCAGGAUGAAGAUGAAGAUGACUACUCCCCUCCUGGAGAAACCUACAAUGAGGAGGCCAAUGACGAUGAAGGCUCAAGCGAGGCCACUGAGGGUCACGAUGAGGAGGAUGAGAUCUAUGAAGGGGAGUAUCAGGGCAUCCCCAGCAUGAACCAAGGGAAGGACAGCAUCGUGUCCGUGGGCCCACCCAAGGGAGAUGAGUACAAGGACCGCAGGACGCUGGAGUCAGAGAGGAAGGCUGACGAGGAGGAGCUGGCUCAGCAAUAUGAGUUGAUCAUCCAAGAGUGCGGCCAUGGACGUUUCCAGUGGGCCCUUUUCUUUGUCCUGGGCAUGGCUCUCAUGGCAGAUGGUGUGGAGGUGUUUGUGGUGGGCUUUGUACUGCCCAGUGCGGAGACAGACCUAUGCAUACCGAAUUCAGGAUCCGGAUGGCUGGGCAGCAUAGUGUACCUCGGGAUGAUGGUGGGGGCGUUCUUCUGGGGAGGACUGGCAGACAAAGUGGGAAGGAAGCAGUCUCUUCUGAUCUGCAUGUCUGUCAACGGAUGCUUUGCCUUCCUCUCUUCAUUCGUCCAAGGCUAUGGAUUCUUUCUCUUCUGUCGCUUGCUUUCGGGAUUCGGGAUCGGAGGCGCCAUUCCCACGGUGUUUUCCUAUUUUGCUGAAGUCCUGGCCCGAGAGAAGCGGGGCGAGCACCUCAGCUGGCUGUGCAUGUUCUGGAUGAUCGGCGGCAUCUACGCCUCUGCCAUGGCCUGGGCCAUCAUCCCACACUACGGGUGGAGCUUCAGCAUGGGCUCGGCUUACCAGUUCCACAGCUGGCGGGUCUUCGUCAUCGUGUGCGCGCUGCCCUGCGUCUCCUCUGUGGUGGCCCUCACCUUCAUGCCCGAGAGCCCUCGCUUCUUGCUGGAGGUUGGAAAGCAUGAUGAAGCCUGGAUGAUUCUGAAGUUAAUUCAUGAUACCAACAUGAGAGCCCGGGGCCAGCCUGAGAAGGUCUUCACGGUUAAUAAAAUCAAAACCCCUAAACAAAUAGAUGAGCUGAUCGAAAUUGAGAGCGACACCGGAACGUGGUAUAGGAGGUGUUUUGUUCGGAUCCGCACAGAACUGUAUGGAAUCUGGUUGACUUUCAUGAGAUGUUUCAACUACCCAGUCAGGGAAAACACAAUAAAGCUUACAAUUGUUUGGUUCACCUUGUCCUUUGGGUACUAUGGAUUAUCGGUUUGGUUCCCUGAUGUCAUUAAACAUCUGCAGUCUGAUGAAUACGCGUUACUAACUAGAAAUGUGCAAAGAGAUAAAUAUGCAAAUUUCAGUAUUAACUUUACAAUGGAGAACCAGAUUCAUACUGGGAUGGAAUAUGACAAUGGCAGAUUCCUAGGGGUCAAGUUCAAAUCUGUAACCUUCAAAGACUCAGUGUUUAAGUCUUGCACCUUUGAUGACGUGACUUCAGUCAACACCUACUUCAAGAACUGCACAUUUAUUGAUACUCUGUUUGAGAACACAGAUUUUGAACCCUAUAAAUUCAUUGACAGUGAAUUUCAAAACUGCACGUUUAUUCACAACAAGACGGGGUGCCAGAUCACUUUUGAUGAUGACUAUAGCGCCUACUGGAUUUAUUUUGUCAACUUCCUGGGAACAUUGGCUGUGUUGCCAGGAAAUAUUGUAUCUGCUCUCCUGAUGGACAGGAUCGGACGCUUAACAAUGCUGGGUGGUUCCAUGGUGCUCUCGGGGAUCAGCUGUUUCUUUCUUUGGUUUGGCACCAGCGAAUCCAUGAUGAUUGGCAUGCUGUGUCUGUACAAUGGCUUGACCAUCUCAGCGUGGAAUUCUCUCGAUGUGGUCACCGUGGAACUGUACCCCACAGACCGCAGGGCAACAGGAUUUGGCUUCUUGAAUGCACUAUGCAAAGCAGCAGCUGUCCUGGGAAACUUAAUCUUCGGCUCCCUGGUCAGCAUCACCAAGGCCAUCCCCAUCCUGCUGGCUUCCACCGUUCUCGUGUGUGGAGGAUUGGUGGGGCUGCGCUUGCCCGAUACACGAACCCAGGUUCUGAUGUGACCCAGCGAAAGCCAUUCCGUGUGUCCCCCCUCUCCUGGGUCAGUUGCCCCUGCCUGAUUUGAGGCUUCAGAGUUUGCAUAUUAUAGAGAGCUGACCGAGUAUCAGAACACAAACUCUCUCGCUGUGACUUUAAAUGUAGAUGCAUAUCAUCUUGCCCCUCCAAUGUGGUUUUGCAUAAGUUUGUGUGGGUGUGGGUGUGUUUUCAUGUGUUGCUAUCUUUUUCCUAACUGUGAUGCUACUGCCUCCCAACACAUCGGUGGAAGAAGCAUUUCCAAAAUGUCCCCGGCAGCCAGGCUUCCCUGCGAUUGUGUGCAUUGAAGCCAAAAAGCUCAAAAGAUUAUGCUGGUAUCCGAAACAGACCCUGCUCCUAACGCAACAUUAGCAGGAAGUGUACGUUGGCAUGUUACUGCAUUUGUGCUGAGGAAAGGGAUUCAUUUUUUUUUUCUUCAGACAGAGUGAUAUUUCCUGUUUACCCAACCAUUCUUGCUGUGGCAACAGGGUCUUUCAAAGAAAGCCAUGUGUGAGGCUGGGUGGAGCUCUUUCAGGCAAGCCCAUUAAGGAGACUGCUGACAAGAAAAACACAGGCUCUGUCCACAACUGGCAGCAAAAAUUUGCUUGAGAUGCAGAAGCCAUAUUUCAUACGGAAAUCCCUGCAAAAUUUCUGGCACUUGAAGGAAAAGAGCCAUUCAUCAUAGCAUCUGUAAGUGUGGCGUGUAAUUGCAUUUAAACAUUAAAGAUCUUCUGCUUCUCUGCCCCUACCUUCAAGCUGACCUAGAGCUUAUCAGCUAAUAGAGGCAGAGAAAGCAAGCCACUUAUUAAAGAAGAAAUCCCAUUAAUGAGCCUGCCACUUAUUACUAUGCUUUUGGUCCAGAGAUGGGCAGUGGAAGUAUAAAUUAUUAGAAAUGAUAAAUUUGGAAGAAAUUCAUGCCUUAAAGCCAUUUAGAAAUACAGAACGGUACCACCUCUUUCUAUACUGUUUCCUGAGGAACAUGGCCACCCACCCUCCUUGGGUGAAUUAUCAUUUACCUUUCUAGCUGGCAUCAACUCAUCAGGUCCCAUCGCUUCAGCUUCUCUUGUCUCUGGGAAGGGCCCCAGGCUGCCGGAAUUCCUGAGCAUCCCUCUUGAGGACAGUACAGGACAGCAUCUCCUGGUGGUAAUUUACCUCUGGAAUUCGUCUGAGCUUGGAAGCAAGAGGUCAUCCGGACAUUCCCAUGGGCCAGCUGUCAGUUAAAUGACCUUCUGGUCUCUCUCCAGCUGCCCUUCCCCCCAAGCUCAUCCUUUUUUACACAUCUACUUUGAAAUCUGAAGCCCUCCUUGUAGAUUUGUAGCCCGCCAGCCCAUGACAUCAACCAGGAAUAAAUGCCAUAUUUAAACAAUAUUCUUUUUAAACUCUCUCUGUCUUAUUAGAGGGUAAUCCUUGUUACUUAUUAUACACAUUUCCAGAAGGGCCACAGCCCUAGGGCCUCCAGAAAAAAGCAAGCUUUUGUUUCUGCUGUCAUUAUGUUCAGAGAUGUCCCAGCUCCCUGGAGGCCCCUCUGUCCCCGCCCUCCCACACGCCCCUCCCCCCACCAAUAGCUCAUGGUCUCUCCUGGAGCUCAGAGUCUAGGAAAAGCUCUUGAUUAGCAUAAACCAUUAAUCUACUGUCCCCCUCAUGUAAUUCAGGCCUAGCAGAGGAGACAGCCUGGAGUUGUGGUUGGAGGCGUCAGGAGGAGAGCAACUCCCCGGAGAUACAUAGGGACUCCAAGUCAGAACAGAUGAAAUCUGCAAAAGUGUUGGGGAAGAAGUAAAAUCAAUAAAGAUGAGGCACGACUGAUUUGAAAGAUACCAACAAAAUAGGGAAAGAAACAGACUUACCUUCACUUCUAUCUCCUAUCAUAAUACUAAGAAAAACAAAAGACCAGAAAAUUAAAAAACCCAAUACCUUGCAUGCUGUUCUUUUUCCAUAUACUUCAUUUCCCCCCAUUUAUCUAUCCCUUGAUCUAUGUUCAUUUUUGUAAAAGACAUAGUUGAGGACCAAAGCAGGUCUUUUGGCUGAAUGCAACAUGUGCAGAAAUAACUGAAAAAGUAAGAUGUGACUCCAUCCACCCAUCCAAAAGAAAAGAGAUGUGUGUGCAUGGUUGUUGCUUUGUCUCAUCUUCCAUGGUGGUAUACUUACUGAACUAUCUUUAGUUUUAAAAAUGUCUCUAUUAUCUAUUUGCAGGGUCUAAAUGCAUAAAAUAUUUUUCCAGGGGAGCUGGAGAGAUGGCUUAGUGGUUCAGGCACUUGCCUGCAAAGCCAAAGGACCUCAAUUCGAUUCCCCAGGUCCCACGGAAACCAGAUGCACAA